AAAAGUAUGUAUAUAACUGCUUCAUUUUUUUUGUGCAGAUUACAGUAGAAAAUUAUAUUUGGAGAAAGUCAUCUUUAACUUAAAGUCACUUAUAACCAAUACAAAACAUGAUUUGUAUGUACAUGAUGAAAAUGCAGCUAAACAUAAUUCUGAUAUAUCAAUGUAUGCUAUCAAACCUGUUAAGUGACAAGUUUAUGUCACAGGAAAUAAACAUAUCAGACGAGAUAGAAACAAUUAAAUCAGAAAUAUUGAAUGGCUUGGGAUUCAACACACCACCACCCAACCCUCGAUUUAUAACAAAUCAAUCUAUACCGGAAGCGGUUAUUUCAAAAAUGUUUUAUGGAAAUAUUCAAAACUCGAUUUAUAACGAAUUAGACAGUAAAGAACAAUUUGUUGUCACAGAAGUUGCAAAAGAACUGCUUUGUCAUCACAGUCACUGCGUAAUCGUAAGGUUUGCACAAAAGUUUCACGAUAGCAACGUUUUAUCAAUAAAUAUUUGGCUUAAAAGCAAACCAAUCACAAUCUCAAAACCAUCAUCAAUUUCUGUUUUUAAUUUCAAGACAAACAAAAAAAACUCGAAGCAAACUGUGUCAAACCACUCAUUGCAACCAACGUGGCAUAACGCGGAACUAAAUGCGAUAGAUGCAAUAAAAGUCGAUAAGGAAGGACAAUUUUAUAUUGAUGAAUAUUUCAAGUUGAAUUGCAAGAACUGCAAAAUAUCGCUUGCUGAAGAAGAUCGACCAUUUAUCGUAGUCUCAUUAAAAAAGAAAAAAAGUUCUCGAAAGCUUCGUUCAACUCAAGCUUGCAAAGGUUCAGAAGAAUGUUGCCGAAGUUCUAUUACUAUAAACUUUAAAGAUUUAGGUUGGGAAUCUUGGAUAUUGGCACCGAAAACUUAUGAGUCAUAUUAUUGCUCAGGAACUUGCAAAGAAAACAGCAACACAAAUCUACCUCACUUCCAGCUUUUAAAAAGCAAUAACAAUAAAGGUAAAUGUUGUGUUCCGAAAUCUAUGUCUUCUUUAGCAAUACUAUAUGUUGGUAGCGAAGGAAUAAUCAAAAAAGAUUUGCCCAAUAUGAUCGUAGAUGAAUGUUGGUGUAUUUAAGGAAAAAAUAAAGUAAACGAUAAACAUUGUUAACACAAAACAGAACUCCUUAAACAAAGAAAUUAUUUAUUACAAGCAAUAUAAAUUUAUACAUUACAUAAAGUGAAAAAAGCCAGCCUAACAAAAGCAGAUAUUUAUGUGUAAAAACGAACAUAUUUAUUUUCAUUACUUUCAAUUUUUUUUUACGAAAUUUUGUAUUAUUUUUCAAAUUAGUUAUAUAUGCGUGUUUAAAAUCAAAAUUAGACGAUGGAUUUUUUACA